AUGGCUUCGCCGGGGCCUCCUCCAGGCGCCCAGCCCUUCAACCCGCAACAGAUCCAACAGAUGAUAGCCAUGGAAGCGCAGAAGCGUGGUAUGACGAUUCCACAAUUUCAAGCCUUUCAACGACAGCAAAUCGAACAAGAAGCAGCAAAAGCCGGAAUGAGUCCCCAACAGUUCAUCCAGAUGAAACAAGAGGAAGCUCGACGACAAUAUAUGCAACAGCAACAGGCUAUGCAGCAGCAGCAACAACAACAAGCACAAAGUCAGGGUCAACAGCAGCAGAGUCAGAGGCCGCCGCAAGGCCAAGUACAACAAAUGUCAGUCAACCUGAACCAGCCUGUAGAGCCAACACCUCCCGCACUCGCAGUCGCCAAAUUCCUGCGUUCGCAAGAUUUGAAGACCAGAACGUGCAUUUUCAAUGGAGAAAGAAAGGACAUGUUCAAAGUGAAACGAGCGUUCCGGGCUCUCACUUCUGACGCUUAUAAAAAGGCCCAGAAGAAGAACCCCCUCCUCCCUAAAGUUGAGAACGAAGCGGAAGCUCGAAAUGCCUUGCAGCUGCUCCCCCUGAACAUGUUAGCACUGCGAGUGUCGAAGAAAGAUCCACACGAAGGACACAACCAUGCCCCUCCAAAAAAGGAGAAACGAGUCAAAGGCUUAUGGCACGUUAAGAUCGAGCAGCAACAAGACUUUGACCCUAUGAUGCACUACGUCUGGGUAUUUGAACCACCUCAAUGGCGGACGAGACUCUUAGCUGUGGGGGUUGUGAUUGCGGUCCUGACUUUUGUCUGCUUCCCGCUAUGGCCUCCCUUCUUGAGACUGGGUGCUUGGUAUCUCUCAGUGGGCGCCAUGGGCCUGAUCGGGGUGUUUUUCGCCAUGUCCAUUGUCCGCCUUAUUCUGUUCAUCUUGACAUUCUUCCUCGCCCCGCCUGGUCUUUGGCUCUAUCCAAACUUGUUCGAAGAUGUGGGCUUCUUUGAUAGUUUCCGUCCGGUCUGGGGCUGGCACGAGACCAAAGAUGACAUCAAGAGGAAAAAGCAGGAGAAAAAGGCGAAGAAGGCGGCGAAACUUGCCGGGAAGUCUGAUAAGGGUGGCGAAAAGGGUGCGGUAACAGCUCCCAAGGCUGCAGUUGCAGAGCCGGCUUCCACUGACGGAGCUGCUACGACUUCUUCUGUUGAAGCUGUUGUCGCCAAAUCGACGGCUGCAAAGAGACAUGCUGCGCCCACCGUAGAAGAAGCUGAUGAGGAAUAA